AGAGCUGCACACGGAGGAGCCCUGGAGACACACAGAGACCCCGGCAUGGACGCGGACACGGACACGGCCGCUCUGUGCCCCUCGGAUGGCCGGGCUCCUUCCCCACAGAUGCAGAAGCCAGCAGCAGAUGCCAGCGCGCCGAUCGAGCGGGAGAAGCUGCUGGCGGGGCUGGAGCGGGGGCAGGGCGGGCUGCCCCCGGCCCCUGGGGGGACACGCCGGCGGGGGAGCAUGCCCGUGCCCUACAAGCACCAGCUGCGGAGGGCCCAGGCCGUGGACGAACUGGACUGGCCCCCUCAGGCCUCGCCCUGCGGCUCCUCGGACUCCCUGGGCUCGGCGGAGGGCACCUCGGCCCCGGGGAGCAAUGUCUUCAAGGUGAUGUUGCUGGGCGAGAGCGGCGUGGGCAAGAGCACCCUGGCGGGCACCUUUGGGGGAAUCCAGGGGGACCAUGCGCACGACCCUGAGAACCCAGAGGAUACCUACGAGCGACGAGUCGUGGUGGAUAUGGAGGAGGUGACGCUGAUGGUCUACGACAUCUGGGAGCAGGGGGAGUCGGGGGGCUGGCUGCGGGAGCAGUGCGUGCAGGAGGGAGACGCCUUUCUCAUCGUCUUCUCCGUCACCGACCGGCGCAGCUUCUCCAAGGUGCCCGAGAUGCUGCUGCGGCUGCGUGCUGGGCGGCCUCACCACGACCUGCCCGUCAUCCUCGUGGGCAACAAGAGCGACCUGGCCCGCUCGCGCGAGGUCUCCCUCGAAGAGGGCCGCAGCCUGGCGGGCACGCUGAGCUGCAAGCACAUCGAGACGUCGGCCGCACUCCACCACAACACGUGGGAGCUCUUCGAGGGCGCCGUGCGUCAGAUCCGGCUGCGGCGGGGCCGGGCGGAGAGGCCGGCCGCCACGGGCAGCCCCGAGGGACCCAGCCUGCUGCCCCGCCGCGAGAGCCUCACCAAGAAGGCCAAGCGCUUCCUGGCCAGCCUGGUGCCCCGCAACGCCAAGAUCUUCAAGCAGCGGUCCAAGUCCUGCCACGACCUCUCCGUGCUCUGAGCGCCCCCGGACCGCCGGCGCCACGCCGCUCCCCUUCUCCCUCCCUCCCCAGCCUGGGCGCCCCCGACUCCCAGGGUUUCCUGGGUCG